AUGGCGGGGUCUUUAGCAUUCCAUGGCACGGUCAUCCACUCACUCGGUCCAAACGAACUAGAGCUACUCGAGAAUGCCCUUAUACUCAUCGAAGCGAACGGGAGCAUCGGGGACAUCUCGAAGAACAUUCCUCGCACCGAUGUGCCCGGGUAUCUGGCAUCGCAGGGAUUCGACCACGAGGUCAGGUAUCUGAGCCGCGGCGAGUUCCUCAUCCCCGGCUUCGUCGACACACAUAACCAUGCGCCUCAGUAUGCGCAGCGGGGCCUCGGGCAGAGCAUGCACAUACUGGACUGGCUGGAGAGCGUGACGUUCCCCAACGAGGCGCGCUUCCGGGACCCGGCGUAUGCGAAGCGCAUCUACUCGGAAUGUGUCGACGGGUUCCUGAGGCAAGGCAUCACGACGGCGUCGUACUAUGGCUCGAUGCAUGCGGAUGCGACCAACAUCCUUGCCGAUCUCUGUCUGGAAAAGGGCCAGCGGGCUUUCGUGGGCAAGUGUAAUAUGAACCGCAACGCGCCAGACUUCUACAGAGACGCCACAGUCCAGUCAUCACUGGAGAACACAGAGAAAUGCAUCCAUCAUAUCCGCAGUAUUGAUCCCGACGGAAAACUUAUCAAACACGUCCUCACACCCCGUUUCGCAAUAACAUGUGAUCCCGAACUAUUGGAAGGUCUUGGGCACAUUGCGGCGAAGAACCCUGAUCUGCCUAUCCAAACACAUUUUAAUGAAGCUGAGCAGGAGAUGUCCUUCACAAAGACGUUGUUUCCGCAAUUCGAGAACGAGGCUGAUCUUUAUCAUCAUUACGGCUUGUUGAACCAACGGUCUAUCCUCGCUCAUUGCUGUUUCAUGAGUGACUAUGAGAUGAGUAGAUUGAAGGAGCUCGACUGUGGUGUUGCCCACUGUCCCAUCUCCAACAUGACAGUAGGAGGAGGAUUCAUGGCUGCACCCAUCCGCGAGUUUCUGCGGCGUGGUAUCAAGGUUGGACUUGGUACCGAUAGCGGAGGCGGGUUUUCUGCUAGCAUUCUGGAUGCCAUGAGGCAAGCGCUCGUUGCAUCGAAUGCAAGGGAAGUGAUGAGUCAAGGGAAGGAUAAGGGCCUGGACAUUUCUGAGACAUUCUUUUUGGCCACCUUGGGCGGAGCUCGGGUCUGCUGCUUAGAGAGCAAGAUCGGAAAUUUCCAGGUUGGUAAGGAUUUCGACGCCCUGCUCGUCAAAAGCAGCAAACCCGGUGUGAUGGCAAUGCUGGAAGAUUGGGACUCGAUGAGAACCAUUUUUGAUAAAUUCAUCAUGACCGGUGAUGACCGUAAUAUUGAUCAAGUGUACGUCAAGGGGAGGUCAGUCAAAGUGUAG